AUGAGAAAGUCUGAGUGUGACGGUGAUCAAGUGACUAUGGGGAAACUCUCUUUGCUCGCGAUUGUUGCAUUUAUGGCCGUGGUUGGCGGAUCUUCUGGAGGAUUUCAUCGCGCUACAGAAUCCCGUCAAUUCCACGUGACCAGAGAUACGCACAGCCGUCAGCGUGGACAUAAUCCCCGUCCAAAUCUUGCUCAACUAGCUGAACAGCUGAAUCUUACAGAGUUUGUUAAGGUUCUCGAGUCGACAAAUGUUGGGCACACGAUCAAUCACGAAGGUCCGUACACUGUCUUCGCUCCGACCAACGAAGCCUUCGCAAGGAUCCCCGAUUGGGCUAAACAGAUCCCCUUAGGCGAUUUGAUGAAAUAUCAUGUCGCACGUGGUGAUUACCUAGAGAAGGAGCUGAAGAACAACAUGCUCAUCCGCUCGUUGUUGUCGAAGCGUGAUGUGCGCAUAAACUUCUACAAAGGUGCUGAUGGUAAACAGAUCGCGACAGCUAAUGGAAGGACGCUUAACCAGACUGACUUCGAUGCUCACAACGGGGUGCUUCACAUAAUCGAUGAUGUUAUGUACGCUGUGUACGAUCGCGAAGGAAGUGCCUUCAAUAUGCUUCCAAAUCUUCCGUUCAAGACCAGCAUGCUGGUGCGUGCUUUGAUGAGUGUUGACCUGGACGAUGUAUUGAACGGACAAGGACCUUUCACUGUUUUUGCGCCAACUGACGAUGCUUUCGCGAAGUUGCCUGAUGAUGUUGUGCAGUACUUGCUCAAGAAUGAAACGGCCAUGACGCAAGUUCUUCUGCAUCAUGUUGUUCCUGGCGUCGCUUAUUCCGCUGGCCUUUUGGAUGAAAUGUCUCUUACGGCUGCUGAUGGAAGACCUCUGCUCGUUACAGUAUCCGCAGAUGGCGUGAAAAUCGGGGCCGGAAACGUUGUGCUGCCUAAUUACACCGUCUCCAACGGAGUCAUCCAUGUCAUGGACACUGUCUUGAUUCCGGAUAAAAUGUUUUUGCCUACUUGUUUCUUGAAUAAGCUUGAAGCACAUCUAAAGAAAUGCAACUCCAGAGAGUUACCUAAGCCGGAAUACCACGUGGAGAACGCGAAUUCAGGUGAUGUCGAAGAAAUAUCUCCGGAUGACCUUCAGCAGCUCGGUAAAAUGAGCGACCCCGAUGUUUUGAAAUUCAUUGGAAAUGCUCGACUUUGUCACGAAGCACUUUGCGGAACACAAUGGAAGGAUACCAGGCUGUUGAGUCACAAGGCUCUUGGCAGUGAACUUCAAAAAAUGCAGGAUUGUCCCGGCGCAAUGAAGCAUUUGUGCCAGAUUGCUUCUAUUCUAGGAAAUUUGGAACGCCUCUGUUUACUUGCCAGACGUUGUACCUUUGUAGAAUUUGGUGCUGGAAGAGGGGCUGUUUCCUACUGGCUCUCGAAGGUUGCCUCCGAAUCUAAGAAAGACUCGGAGGUUUUCCUUAUCGACCGAGCUUCCCAGAGACACAAACUUGAUAACCGUUUAAAAGAUGGAGAUGAAGCCCUGGGAUCCGUACCCGUUUCGAGAAUUAAAGCUGACAUUGAGCACUUGGUGCUGGAUUCUUUGCUCGAUGUGCCGCGUUUGGAUACUGGAAGUGAGGAUGAAACUCGGAUAGUUGCGGUGACCAAGCAUUUGUGCGGCGCCGCGACGGACUUUGCCCUUCGUUGCUUGGCAAAUUCGAAAAUUAAAGACAAAUCUGUGUGUUUUGCAACUUGUUGUCAUCACCGGUGCGAGUGGAAAUCGUACGUAGGGAAGUCGGUUUUACAAAGUUACGGAUUCAAUGCCUCCAACUUCCGAGUUUUGUGUUCCUUGACGAGUUGGCUGACCUGUGGGUCUCGGAAACGAGAAGAAAAGUUGGACCCGUGCUCUGAUGAGAUAUCUCAACAAAGGUACGCCAAAUUGGGGUUUACCGUCAAUGAAAGCGAAGAAAUCGGAAGAAUCUGCAAGGAUAUAAUCGAUGCUGGCAGGAUAAAUUAUUUGAAGUCGGUGGGAUUUGCAGAUGCGAACUGCUGUAUUUAUGUUCCCGAAUCCGUGACUCCGGAAAAUGUUCUUCUGAUUGCGAAAACCGUGAAUUUUUCGAAAUGGAACAAGGCACCCUUAGCAGGUUACCUUGUGGAAGGCUCGAACGGUGAGUACGUUCUUCUCUCCGACGAAGAAAGAGUGAAUCUCAUCAGAGAAGCUAGGAAAUACAUCCCGAGCGAUCGGUUGCUCAUUGCUGGCUCUGGUUGCCAAUCGACGGAAGCGACGAUAGAAAUGUCGAAGAAAAUGGCAGCAGUCGGUGCAGAUGCUGUGAUGGUUGUAACUCCUGGGUACUACAGGAAUGCUAUGAAUGAUUCUGCAUUGAUCAAAUUUUACGCUGCAGUUGCCGAUGAAUCUCCAGUUCCCGUUAUUCUGUACUCCGUGCCCGCCUAUGCUGGUGUUGAUUUGAGUGCGAAUUCCGUCGCGAAACUUUGUCUUCACGACAACAUCAUUGGCAUCAAGGACAGUGGAGGCGACGUAUGUACCGUGCUGAAUUUUAUGUGGAAACAGGACAUAAUAGUGAAGCACACAAAAAGGAAUUUUGUUGCAAAAUUUGCUCUGAUGGUUCAUCUGACCGAGAAAUCGCUGGGGAACCGGUCUUUUCAGGUCACAGCCGGCUCUGUCAGUGUUCUUGUUCCUGCACUAGUAGUUGGUUGCGUUGGAACUGUUUCUGCAUUGGCGAACAUCAUCCCAGAAGUAGUGUGCAAAACCUUUUCUCUUGCUAAGUGUGGCUCUUGGGACGAUGCGAGUGCAUUGAACAGACGUUUGAUUCAACCUAAUAUGGCGGUGACCAGUCAAUUCGGCGUUGCUGGACUCAAGGCAGUGAUGGACGCUUAUGGCUAUUAUGGAGGUUCAGUUCGGCGCCCUUUGUUGUCGAUUGAUGAAUCCGGUGCUAAAGCUGCGAUGAAACCAUUUCUUGAAAAUGGGUUUUAAUCGUCAGAUAACUGUGAAUCUUUUUUUUUUACUGACAAUUUGUUAACUGUUUUGUCAUUGGCGCGAACCUUUCAACUCCAAGAAAGUGGGCGCCGAAGAAGAACUACAUUAUUUUCGGAUGUUUUUUCGCCGUUGUUCAAAGCUAUAUUUAUAGGCUCUAAUAUACGCUCCCGAGAUGACAAAUGAAGGCAGUAGACAACCGGAACACGCGUUUCCUUUUUCGCAUUCGUGAGCCUCGUUUUUCAUAGAAUUUAUUCAAGAUAAUGAAGAAGGGUUG